AAUCCAAUGGUGAGUGAAUGGGGGAAGAAGACCGUUGACCUCUUCUUUGGGAUUUCCUCCUCCAAUAUUUGGAUCCAAAACUCUGCAAGAACUCAAGCACCAUGAGGACAAUGAGAGUAUUUGGGAUUUCUCUUUCCCUAAUCAUCAUCAACAUGGCAGCUAUAAUGGAGCGUGCUGACGAAAAUCUCCUACCAGCUGUUUACAAAGAAGUCAGUGAAACUUUUAAGGCUGGUCCAUCUGAUCUUGGUUAUCUUACAUUCAUAAGAAAUUUCGUCCAGGGGAUUGCAUCGCCAGUGGCAGGUAUUUUAGUCAUUAACUAUGACCGUCCCACUGUUCUUGCAAUCGGUAUCCUGUUCUGGUCCCUAUCAACUGGUGCAGUCGGCGCUAGUAACUACUUUAAGCAGGUUGGAUUUUGGAGGGCAGUGAAUGGAUUUGGACUCGCAAUUGUGAUACCUGCACUUCAGUCCUUUAUAGCAGAUAGCUAUGCGGAUGAGUCCAGAGGAACUGGUUUUGGAUUUCUUAGUCUUGUUGGAACGGUUGGUGGGAUAGGAGGUGGAGCUAUUGCUACGGUUAUGGCUGGUUAUAAGUUCUGGGGAGUUCCUGGAUGGCGCUUUGCAUUCGUCAUGAUGGCAACUUUCAGUAUUUUUAUUGCAUUUCUUGUCUUUACGUUUGUUGUUGAUCCAAGAAAAAGAGCCAACGUAGAGCAUGAUAAUACGAAAAACAGUACUGAUAGGGAGGGACUGGUAGAGAAGGUAAAUACCAAUUCAAUGUCGAUUUGGACGGAGUCAUGGACAGCAAUGAAAGCUGUCAUGAAAGUGAAAACGUUUCAGUUCAUUGUUUUGCAAGGUCUGGUUGGGUCCUUACCAUGGACAGCCAUGGUUUUUUUUACAUUGUGGUUUGAACUAAUCGGUUUUGACCACAACAGUGCAGCAGCACUGGUCAGUCUAUUUGCUGCAGGAUGUGCGAUAGGAUCCUUUUUUGGUGGCGUAGUUGCAGAUAGAAUAUCUCAUGCGUACCCUCAUUCAGGGCGUAUCAUGUGUGCGCAAUUUAGUGCUUUUAUGGGAAUCCCAUUCUCAUGGAUCCUUCUUCGAAUUGUGCCCCAGUCUGUGAGCAGCUACUACACAUUUGCUGUGACAUUAUUCCUUAUGGGGCUAACAAUCAGCUGGAAUUCUACUGCUUCAAAUGGUCCCAUGUUUGCAGAAGUUGUGCCUUCAAAACACAGAACCAUGAUUUAUGCAUUUGAUCGCGCCUUUGAGGUCUCGUUUUCUUCCUUUGCAGCUCCAGUUGUAGGAAUACUCGCGGAGAAACUAUAUGGUUAUGAUACCAAGUCUGUUGAUCCAGUGUUAGGAUCUGCAAAAGAGGCCUUAGCAUUGUCAAAAGGCCUCUUUUCAAUGAUGGCCAUUCCUUUUGGCUUGUGUAGCUUAUUUUAUACACCCUUGUAUUGGACAUUCAAGCAGGACCGCCAAAAUGCAAGAAUAGCUAGCAUAAAAGAAACAGAGAUGAUAUGACUUCUAUUCGUUACAUUAGUUGUGCACUAAGCUCUUGCUACAUGUGGGAUCUCGGGGAGGGCAGGAUCACAUUGGAUCGUGUAUUCUAACCUUAUCUUGCUUUACUGCCAAAGAGUAUUUUCGCGUUCUUAAACUUGUGACAACAACUUUUAUCUAAACGUCAAGGCUCCCUCCUUUUAUUUCAA